UUCUUCCAUUCCUAUGGCUGCGUGAAAAUUUCUUGAUCAUCAAGUCAAGUUCUUCCCCAUAUCUAGUCUCCUUUUAAUCCAAUUGAGAUUCCAGGAGCGAAAAAAAUGGCUCAGAAGUGCGCGAUUGGUUUGAUCUCAGCUCUAGCAGCUUCCGCUUCUCUCUCGAAAUCGAACGUCGCUUCUGCAGAUGGACCUCCUCUCACCUUCUCCGCCUUCUCCGCUUCUCCGACUCCUCAGCAGCAGGGUUCCACUACUCCGCCGGCGCCAGGAUCUGGCGAAGAAUCCGAUGCUCCUCCGCGGAUUCGGAACGAUAAUCCGAGGACGACUUCAGCUGGGUUCGAUCCCGAGGCGCUUGAGCGAGGGGCGAAGACCGUGAAAGGGAUUAACAACUCCGCCCACGCCAAAAAGGUAUUUGAAAGUAUUAAGACACAAGAGGAGACGAGGCAAGCUGAGUUUACUGCUAAGGCCCAAGAGUUUAAAGCUGUUCAAUCCCAAGCUGAAGCUGAAAGGCAAAGGGUGAUACACGAGGAACAGAAGAAACUUGCUCAGCACCAAGCACAAACAAAAGCACAGAUGGCUCGCUAUGAAGAUGAAUUAGCAAGAAAAAGGAUGCAGGCUGAGAAUGAAGCCCAGAGAACAAGAAAUCAAGAACUCGUGCGGAUGCAAGAAGAAUCAGCGAUUAGGCGAGAAGGAGCUCGACGAGCUACUGAGGAAGAGAUCCAAGCACAGAGACGGCAAACGGAGAGGGAGAAAGCUGAGAUUGAACGUGAGACAAUGAGGGUCAAGGCUAUGGCAGAAGCUGAAGGGAGGGCCCGUGAGUCGAAGCUCUCUGAAGACGUCAACAGGAGAAUGCUUGUCGAUCGUGCAAAUGCAGAAAGGGAAAAAUGGGUUUCUGCCAUCAAUACUACGUUCGAUCACAUUGGAGGGGGCUUGCGUAUGAUUCUAACUGAUCAGAACAAGCUAGUUGUUGCUGUUGGAGGUAUCACUGCUCUUGCAGCUGGGAUCUACACAACGAGAGAAGGUGCCAAGGUUAUCUGGAGCUAUGUGGAUAGAGUCUUGGGGCAACCUUCUCUAAUUAGAGAAUCAUCGAGAGGAAAGUAUCCUUGGUCCGGUUCUUUUUCUCGUGCUUUGUCCACAUUGAAGGGUGGUGGUAAGGAAGCUGCAUCAACAAAUGGAAAAGGGUUCGGUGAUGUUAUUUUGCAUCCUUCUCUUCAAAAGAGAAUCGAACAGCUAGCCAGUGCAACUGCCAACACAAAGUCUCACCAAGCACCUUUUCGAAAUAUGCUUUUCUACGGUCCACCUGGAACCGGGAAGACAAUGGCUGCCCGAGAGCUGGCUCGUAAAUCUGGUCUGGACUAUGCGUUGAUGACAGGUGGAGAUGUUGCUCCCCUUGGAGCUCAGGCUGUUACAAAGAUACACCAACUGUUUGACUGGUCCAAAAAAUCUAAGAGGGGUUUGUUGCUCUUCAUCGAUGAAGCCGAUGCAUUUCUCUGCGAGCGGAACAAAACAUAUAUGAGUGAAGCCCAAAGAAGUGCACUAAACGCACUCCUCUUCCGCACCGGUGACCAGUCCAAAGACAUAGUCCUAGCGCUAGCCACAAACCGACCCGGUGAUCUAGACUCAGCAGUGGCUGACCGUGUCGACGAGACUCUCGAGUUCCCCUUGCCUGGAGAAGAAGAGCGCUUCAAGCUUCUAAACCUCUACCUGGACAAGUACAUAACCAAGACUAAUCUUAAAAAGCCUGGUUUGCUCCAAAGCCUUUUCAAAAAAGACCAUAUGAAGAUUGAGGUAAAAGGCGUCACAGAGGAUCUACUUAAAGAAGCUGCCGCGAAAACAAAAGGGUUUUCAGGUAGAGAAAUCGCGAAGCUGAUGGCGAGCGUUCAAGCGGCUGUGUAUGGAAGCGCGGAGUGUUUGUUGGACGCAAACCUUUUCAGAGAGGUGAUUGAUUACAAAGUCGCGGAGCAUCAACAGAGGAAGAAACUAGCGGGAACCGAUACAGGUAACAAGAAAUGAAAUCAUACAUCAACAUAUGUUGUAGAUUUGAACAACUACUCAAAACUCAAAACCCUGAGCAUUGUUUAUGAAAGGUAGGCCAAAGAAAAAGCUUUUGAUUUUCCAAAUUGUUUCUCCCUAUGAUUCUAAAGGUGAGAUUUAUAGGAUUGUUUAAAGAUUCA